AUGUCAGAAAUACAGCAAGCACUUCUUUCCUAUGAAAGAAUAAUAAAGAAUCAGGGAAGUCACUGUGAACAACUUAAAGUAAAAAUUAAAAAAUUGGAAAAUGCAGUUUGUGACCUACAAAAGGAACUCUCUGUAACAGAAGGUGUAAAAUCACAGUUAGAACACCAAAACACUGAAAGGGAACAAGAACUCUGCAAUUUAAGAUUAUCCUUAGAAGAAGAAAAAGAGAAGAGAACCAAUGCUGAUGUAGACUGUGAAAAAAUGAGGAGAAAGUUAAGAAGGAUAGAAGAACAAUAUAUGGAAGAAGUUAAAAUGAAACAACAGCUUCAAAAGGCUCUGAGAACACAAGAUGCGGAAGUGAAGAGUCUCAAAAUUAAUUUGAAUGAGAUUUCCCAUAGUGGUGAAAAAGAUAAAGAUCUGUUGUAUGAAAAUCGCCUGUUGCAGGAUGAAAUUGCCAGGCUAAGAAUGAAAGUUGACCUUAUAAAAACACAGACUCAGGAAAAGAAACCGGAAUCUUUAGAGGACAUUGAAACUAUAAAAGAGCUCCGCAAUAGUAUAAAACUGAAGAAGGAAAGAUUAGCAGAAGCCAUGUCUGAACAGAGUGGACAGCUCAGGUUGCUCAGAUCAGAGAACACGCUGCUAAAGUUUGAAGUGGAUUUUGAGAAACGAGAGAAGGAAAAACUGAAAACCGAAGUCCAGUCAAACCUUCACAAACUGGCUGCUGUUCUAAAUGAUCUCCACCAAAGCCAGAAGUCACAAAAGGACUUGGAAUUCUCCUUCCAGAAAGCAAGAGACGAAUGGUCUGUUGUACAAGAAAAUAUGAGCUCUUACUCUCAUAUUCUCUUUCAAAAACUUGUUGAGGCUGAAAGAAAAUUCAAUAGCCUAGAAGUUGAGCUCUCUAACACAAAAGAUGUUCUGAGACAAAAGACUUUGGCUUUAGAAGGUGUGCAGAGAGACCUCAGCCAAGCAGAAUGUGAAAAGAAGGAAAUAGAGCUAAAGUAUCACAAUGAACAACGUAAAAUGAAUACAUACCUUGCAGAAGAGGAACUGGCAGAGGAGCGAUUAGCUGCGCUGCGAAGCAGAAAUACCUUGCUUCAGCAGCAACUCAGUCAUGCUCAGGACAAAGCUGAUAAUAAAGAAAAAAUGAUCAUUGAUAUCCAGACCCAAUUUCAGGCUACUGUAAAAGAACUUCAAGCUAAGAGUGAACGCCAAAGACUUCUUCUAGAAGCAAGAAAUAAAGACUUAACCGCUAAAUGCAGUCAUUUAAAAGAAAGGCAGAAUCAAUAUAAAAUAGAAAGGGCAGAAAGAGAAUUGCAAGAAGCCCAGGGGCAGCUCACAGUGACUGUAAGAGAUGCUACAAGGGAUGACUACAUGAAAAAGCUUGAAGAAGAAAACUUCAAGUUAAAAGUUACAAUCAGAGAGCAAGAAGGCAGAAUGGAGCAGCUCCAGGAGACCCUGUCAAGUACAAGAUCUUUGCAAACACAACUGCUGCAUGAGUUGACAGAGGCUAGAAGACUGGCUGGGAAGAUGGAGGACCACAUGCAAAUGACUGAAAUAGAAAAUUCCCAGCUAAAAGCUAGAAGCCAAAAGCAAGCAGACCGACUGGAGCAGCUUCCAUGUCUCCCGUCAAGCACAGGGUCGACACAAAUACCAGCUCUGGAAAACUUAGAACAGCCAAGAAAGAAUCAAAUAGCUUCAUGGGGAAGUGAGAUGGAGCUCGAUGUUCCUGAGACGGAGCUCAGCAUUGCAGAUGUGCAGUCUGAACUCUCCAGAAUACGAGAGUCUCAAAAACUAGAAGAAUACACACAAGUUCGCAUGAAUGAAUUACAGACCCUAAAAUGUUUGUCAACUAAAGUAUGCCAACUUCAUGAGAAUCUAGCAGAGGUCGAGACACAGUUGUCUGGGAUAAAACAGAUGGACAGAUCUUUGCAUACAACUCUUACCACAAGGCCAAUCCUGGAAGCACGUCAUCUUGAAAAUCCUAAUCAUGCUUUAGUUAUCCACUGAGAGCUCACUACAGUGCAGAAAUGUGCAAUCUCUCCCUCAAAUCCUGAGAUUUCUUCAAGUAGCCCUGAGAAGUACUUGGCUCAGGAUCUUAUUGAAUAUUUUUGCAUGAAUUUUCAUUAAUGGAACUGCACCUCUCAUUGUUGACAAAAAUUGACUCUUGGUGGAUAAAAGAUUUAAAUUUAAGACACACAACAAUAAAAGUUCUAGAAGAGAAUGUGGGAAAAAUGCUUGACAAAAUUGUCCUGGGAACAGACUUUAUGAAGAAGAACCAAUUAGCCACUGCAGCAACACUAAAAAUA